GCACCAGUACUUGGUUGUGCGAAACCAAGCUGUGUUGCUAGUCCGGAAGAUAAAGAUGAUAGCAACUUUCUGGUGAAUGCGGACGGACAGACUGAUGGAUUUUUGCGUGAUGGGGACAAGGAAGCCAAGAGAAGCGACGAUCUCUACGCUAACAAACUUAUUGCCGUAAAUUUCGAGAAAUUUGCAGAGGCCGAUUAA